CGCCCGCUUACGCAUUGCCGGCUCGAUAGCCGGAGUCCGUGUGUGCCCCUCCGGCUGAAAAGCGGCAACUCUAAUCAUAGAGAUGGGCUGCGAGUAGUUUGUUUUUGUUUUGCAAAAUAUAAUUAGCGAUUUAAUUUAUGUAUGCUUCGCGUUGCCACACUGGAUAUAGUAUAACAAUAUUUUGUGAUGCAUUUAUUCGUACUGUUAUUUUCGAUUAGUUACUGUGCGACGCGAAAGUGGAAUAUUUCGCCGGUGACGUGAACUGCGCGGUGGGCCGCGCUCUAGGCGCGUUCUUUCCGAUGCCGGUCUCCGCCGUGAGCGGUCGUGUGUGGCAGGUGUGAACCGCGGACGCAGUGUGCGCCGGGUUCGCCGGAGUGAGGCGUGUGAGCGCCUCGUGAGGCGUCGUGUCUCGAGGCCGUCGGUACGGGAGGCGUCGUGAGCGCCGACCCGAGGGGCGUCGUGAACGCCGACCCGAGGGGCGUUGUAACGCCGGCACGAGAAGCGUCGUAGCGCGACCCGAGGGGCGUCGUGAACGCCGCGGUGCGCCGCCCAGGGCGCAGGAGCGCGGUUUUCGCCGGAGUCGGCGUCAGCGCCGUCAGUGGCGUGGAGGCGCCAAAGGCCGGUAAGAAUUACCUAUUGUACUCGUUUAUUUUCACCGGAUGUUGUUUCUUUACCACGCCUGAUUAUUGAUGACUGGCCUAUCGAUUGAUGCGUGUUGACCCAUGUGAACGGCUGCUAACGGGCGUAACCCGGUGCUGUGUGCACGUGCAGUGUGAGGCCCAACUUUUGAGGGCCAUUCGGGACGAUUUCCGUGGUUGUGUGUUAAUUGAUUGUAUCGUUUACAGAAACUAACACGAGUAGAAUACACUGCUCAGUAUUCGGCGGCGCUUUGACGUCUGAUCUGGUCGAAUGACGACUACAGUUUCGGCCUUCGCCUUGGAGGCCACCUCUGCAUGUGACAGCCUCGUCUUCGGCACGAGGCGGCCCAGCUUCCUGAGCCUGCGACGGCGUGCUGCAGCCCCUGUGUGGACGGGGGAGGCGGUCAGUGUGACUGCCUGCAGUGCAUCUUCUCCUGCACAUCGAGCCUCGAGGAUCUCUGGUCAGUGAUAAACCAGGUUUGGCACUUAGCCAUCAGAUCAGACUCAACCUCAAGGGCUGUGUGCCCUAUCGGCUUUGACUUUGAGCGGUGUGCCCGUUGAACUUGAUUGAAGCUGCGCGUCUAUCAUCAUGGGGUUUCAGUUAAGGGGGGAUAUAAUGCAAGAUUGUGGCUAGUCAUUUAAAUGUGUCAUGUAAUGUGUGAUAUUUUGAUGUGCUUGUGUUUACUUAUCGGAGGCUCUUGUGGGUAGGCAUUUUGCUGUUUUUUGUUAACCUUUGUACUUGAUUCUUGUAUUGUAUUGCUUAUUUUUGUUUGUCAUGGCCCCAACCAAAGAGGAAUUGUAUCAGUUGAAACUCGUAGAAUUGCAGUCAGAGUUAGAGGCGAGGGGGUUAGAGGUAACUGGAAAGAAAGUAGAGCUAGUGGAUAGGCUUUGGUCAGCGAUGGAGAUUUCAGUGGCUGAGUCAGUUCAGGGUGCCGAGCCUUUAGAAUCAGGGACAGGUAGUGAUAGGACGCUGCAGGAUCCGCAGGUGCUCGUGGCACGUUUGAGAUUAAUGAAGGAGAGACACCAGAUUGAGCAGGAGAGGUUGAGCGUAAAGGCGAAGGCGGAGCAGGCCGAGUUGUCGCUGCGGUCUCGUGCGGAACAGAUUGACAUAGAACUUAAAUUAGCCGAUAUGGGACACCACGGGGAGGAUUUCACUCAGUUUCAGAUAGGAUCAGGGGAUCAGGGGCGUGCUGCCGGCCAGGAUGUCAGUCCUGUAGAGGGUGCACUGGCUGUGCAGUUAAGGAAGUCACUUUUACCGCCCACCGAAAUCAAGCCGUUUUCAGGGGACGUGGAAGAGUUCAGACUUUUUCUAAGUGCGUUUGAGUCACGUAUUGAGAGUAGGUCCGACGACAGGAGUGAGCUCUUGUUUUAUCUAGAGCAAUUCACACGAGGAAAAGCGAAUCAGCUCGUGAAAAGCUGCCUCCACCUGGGUGGGCAGGGGUACGAGCGUGCCAAGCAGCUCCUGGAGGAACGGUAUGGGAGCCCGCUAAGGCUAAUCGACUCCUAUGUGGAGAAAGUGAGGGCAUGGGGUCGUGUCCCGCCUGGUGAUGUCGAGGCCCUAGACAGGUUCGCUUUGUUCCUCACGGAAGUCUUGAACGCCAUGUCCGGCGUCGCGAUGAGUGAUUUUGAGCACCCGUCGACCCUCCGUUUGAUAAUCUCGAAGCUCCCUCCUUACCUGCAGGACCGUUGGUUGAGGGAGGUCGAUAGACUGGGCCAGACCGAGCGGCGCAUGGCUAGGUUCUCCGAUGUGGUGGGGUUCCUGACUGCCGAGGUGCGCGUGAGAAAGAAUCCAUUCUUCGGGUUUCGACCAGCAGAGUCGAACUACCGGACAGACAGCUCCGGCGCCCCACGCAGGCACGCCGUGAACGUGACUCAGGUGACGUCUGGGUCGGAGCUUGCCAGCUGCGUCUUCUGUGGGGGCUCUCACGGUGUGGCUGACUGCCGGGCGCUGGGGUCGCGGCCGUGGAGGGAACGGCGCGGCCUCCUGAUGCAGCACAGGCUGUGCUUCGCGUGUGCGAGGAGAGGGCACCAGGCGCGACUCUGUAGGAAACCGCAGCGCUGCAGGGUAUGUGCUGGGCCCCACCUCUCGGUGUUCCAUGGUGGUCCGGCCCCGUCCGGGUCGGCUAAUGUUCAGGCCGUGUUCCAGGGUGAGCAGCCGACGCGCUUCGCGCCGGGGGCGCAGCGUGGCCGAGGGACUCCGGUCGGUGACGGCGGAGCUGCCGGCGCACCUCUCGGAGGACGAGUCGCGGCCGGUCCGGUCGGCGCGAUGUCGGUGAUGCCGCCCGGCGGCGAGGCAGUGGCGCCCUCUAGGGGUGCCGACCAGCCCGCGUCGCGUGACGGGUACAGCGGCGCUGUGAUCAGCGCGAGCCUGGGCAUGUCGGGUGCGUGCCGAACGGCGCUGCCUGUGGUCGCGGUGUGUAUCCGAGGUCCGUCUGGUAAACCCGUGGUGACUAACGCGCUUCUCGAUCCCGGCUCGUCCGGAAGUUUCCUGACCGAGCGACUGGCUAGUUGUAUAGGGGCCAGAGCGGAGAGGACCUCUGUGGAUAUAGACACUGUGGGCAGUAGCAGGAGAACAAUGGUGACGUCACUGGUUCCCGAUGUUGAGGUGCGGGGAAUGGAGGGUGGUCCGUAUCACCGUGUUCCGCCCCUCCUUACGAUCGGCACGCUGCCUGUCACCCUCGAUGACAGGUGCCAGCGAAGUGAGGUGGCCGCCGCUCCUCACUUGCAGGGGAUCGACGCCGUGCAGGCUGACGCGCCGGUGGAGCUUCUCCUGGGCUCGGACUGUGCGGAGCUAAUUGUGGCGGAAGAGGUGCGACCCCCGCCGAAGGGUGAGGCUGGACUGUGUGCGGUCCGUACCGCCUUGGGCUGGUACGUCAUUGGUCGGGUCCCCGGGUCAGGUGGCGCACACGAGAGGUUAUCCGUUAACUUCCUCAGAGUCCAGGGCUCCGGUGAGUCGCCUCCGCAGCAGGACGUGUCUGAUGUGUCGGGCUGUUUCUACAGACACCUGUAUGAGCAGGACUUUCAAGGUAUGUCGGAUGACAGUCAGGGGAUGUCUGUUGAGGACAGAGAGUGGCUGGCGAGUGUUCGCCCCAGUGUAACGCGUGACAAGGAUGGUCAUUUUGAGGUCCCGUUGCCUAAGGCAGCGUUUGAUCGAAUUCCAGACAGUCUCCCGACUGCGCGCAGGCGGCUCGAAUCGCUCAGGAGGCGGUUCAAGUCAGACAGCGCGUACUUCGCAGCGUAUCGCCGCGUGAUCACGUCGUUGAUCGAGGAUGGCUACGCAGUGGCGGUGCCAGAGGGAGAGAUGGAUGCAGACGCGGUGUGGUACCUACCUCACCACGGCGUUCUCGAGCCAAGGAAAGGUAAGCUGCGUGUCGUGUUCGACUGCGCUGCUAAAAGCCAGGGCAUCUGUCUGAACGACCUUCUGAGAGCAGGACCGAUCCUCACAAACUCUCUGAUCGGAGUUUUGUGUCGAUUCAGAGAGGGUUCUGUCGCGUUCACGUGUGAUGUGGAGUCCAUGUAUCACCGUGUGCAUGUCCCCGAGGCCGACUCAAACCUGCUGAGGUUUCUGUGGUUUCGGAACGGCGAUCCUGAUGGCGAGGUACAGGUAUUCCGAAUGAGAUCGCACGUAUUCGGAGCAGUAUCCAGCGGCAGCGUGGCCAGUCUCGCGCUGGGCUGCUGCGCGGAGGAAGGCCGCGAUGUAUAUCCUGAGGCCGCCGAUGCUCUGCUCCGGAACACCUAUGUCGACGAUGCGCUAUGCGCUACAGAUUCCGUGCAGAGCGCAGUUCAAUUAGCUCAUGGGCUAAAGGAACUGUGCAGGAACGGGUCGUUUAACAUGACGAAAUUCACGAGCAACAGCCCCGAGUUCCUGAAGCAGAUCCCGGUAGGGGACCGGGGGAAACAGGUGAAGAGUUUAGAUUUAGACAAAGAUGAACUGGUCGCCGAGCGUGUCCUCGGUAUGAAGUGGGAUAUGGAGUGUGACGUGUUCACUUUUCAGUUCUGUGGAGGAGACCGGCCAGUGACGAGGCGAGGUCUCCUGUCGACUGUCGGCUCGGUCUUCGAUCCGCGGGGGAUCGUGGCACCUGUGGUGUUGACUGGUCGUCUGCUGUUGCAGAAACUGUGCGUGAUUCCCUGCGGGUGGGACGAGCCGCUCCCCGAGGAGCUUUCCAGAGAGUGGCAGCAGUGGCUGGCCAGGGCUGCUGAGAUCGGCAGUGUUCAGCUGCCGCGCUCGAUCGUGGGCCCACCGGGGGAGGCGGUGAGCACGCAGCUCCAUGUGUUCGCAGACGCCAGCGAGCUGGCCUACUCUGCAGUCGCCUAUCUGAGGAGAGAGGUGCGUGCUCCGGGAGGAGAAAUCCAGUGCUCGGUGGUGUUCUUGAUGGGUCGGUCACUGGUUAAGCCGGUGCGUUUUGUAUCGAUACCGCGAUUGGAGCUAGCCGCAGCAGUGUUGGCCGUCAGAGUCAGGAAGCUGCUGCAGAAGGAGCUGGAUAUCGAGUUCGACGAUGUUCGUAUGUGGACCGACAGCAUGGUGGUUCUCGGGUGCGUCCGGAACCGCACGACGCGUUUCAAAACAUAUGUAGCGAACAGGCUGUCCUACAUUCAUGACGGGUCACAGGUGUCUGACUGGGCUUACGUGCCGUCAGGUAAGAACCCAGCUGACAUGGGCUCUCGCGGCUCUGCCCCUGGCGACUUAGGUCCGUGGCUCACGGGACCUGAGUUUCUGACGGGACCGCCGGGUGCGUGGCCCGAGGAGCCGGCCGCUCCAGCUGUCAUACCAGCAGCUGAGGUGAAGCGAUCAACGCCAGUGGCAGCGGUCGCUGUGGACGCGGCACCCGAUCUUCCGGUCGAGAGACUUCUCCGGUACUUCUCGUCCUACUAUCGGCUCAAACGCUCCGUGGCGUGGUACCGUAAGUUUGCAGAGGUCAUCCGGAGUGGCGAUUAUCGCCGAUGGUGUCUAUCCAGGCGCAAGGGUCUGAGGAGCCGUCCUUACUGUGGGGAAACUUUGCUGACUGUAGCAGAGUUGAGCACGGCUGAGGGUGCUGUCUUGAGAUAUGUCCAGAGACGUUUCGCCGAGUGUCCGAACGGUGCUACUAGCGACGGCGCGGUCCAAGUGACCAGGCGCAGUCCGCUAGCUAAGCUGCGCCCGAUGAUGCAGGACGGGUUGAUGGUAGUCGGAGGGCGCCUGGGCCGAUCGCGCUCUGUCGCGGACUAUCCAAGCAUCCCGUGAUAUUGCCUAGACGCCACCAUGUGUCGCGGCUGGUGAUGAGAGAGGCGCACGAGAAGGUCGGACACCAGGGUAGAGAGCACACAUUCUGGAAGCUGCGCGAGCGGUUCUGGAUUUUGGGUGCCGGGCCCGAGAUCAGAAAGAUGCUGCGGUCGUGCGUGGUGUGUAGAAAGGCGAACGCGCGACCGCAGCGCCAGCUGAUGGCAGACUUGCCGCCGGCGCGCACUGACGCGAACGCUCCCGCUUUCUCUAGAGUGGGACUAGAUGUGUUCGGUCCUAUCUCGGUGAAGUCGGGACGGGGGGAGAAACUGCGGUACGGGCUAAUGUGUACUUGUAUGGUCACGCGUGGGAUUCACGUAGAGAUACUGGAUUCGUUACGGACGGAUUCCAUGAUUAACGGCAUCCGCAGAAUAGCUGCGCGCCGGGGCCCUAUCGAGCAAGUAGUGUCUGACAUGGGGACGAACUUAGUGGGCGCUGAUAACGAGCUUAAGCAGGCUCUUCGUGACGUAAACCGUGUAGAUUUGCAGCGGGAGGCUCUCAAACAGGGGAUAGACUGGACAUUUAACCCGCCUACUGCUUCCCAUUUUGGAUGGUUCAUUGAGAGACAGAUCCGCACUUUCCGAAAGAUUUGGCGUAGCAUGCCCGUUCAGACGUUAGAUGACGAGACGCUACGUACGGUGUUCUGUGAGAUAGAAGGGAUCAUGAAUAGCCGUCCGCUGACGUAUGUGUCGCUCAGCUCGGGUGAGGUAGAGCCGAUCACUCCGUCUCACCUCCUUCUGCUGAGAGGAGGCCGGAUGAUGCCGGUAGAGACGUCUGACUCUGACGCUUACUCGCGUCGCCGCUGGCGACAAGCACAGUACUUCGCGGCUCAGUUCUGGGGCAGGUUCAAGCGCGAAUUCCUGUUGACUCUACAGAAAAGGCAGAAGUGGGACAGGGUGUCUCGAAACCUGAGCGUAGGUGAUGUAGUGCUACUGACGGACGAGGACGCUCCCAGGGGCAUGUGGCGCAUGGCCCGCGUGACGGAAGUGUUCGAAAGCGAGGACGGACUAGUGAGGAAGGUGAGGGUUAAGACCCGGUCCUCAACGUACAUUAGACCGAUACAUAAACUGAUUUUGAUCAGCGCGCAAUCCGACCUUGAGUGGUAACUCAGGUGGAGUGGGGACUGGUGUGGCACACUUGCGUUACAGGGUGUGCAAGAAUUUAGGUUGUAAGUACACAAAGUGAGAAGGUUAGUUUAUUUUUAUUCUCUACCGAACUAUAGUGAGCAGGUAGCUCGGGUGAUCGGUGUGUUAGAAAUAGAUUAGAAUAGUAAACAGCCACUGAAACUCCUACUGACUGUCCGAUUAGCGGGACGUUUGUGUGUGCGGAGAAAUAUCGCGCGAGCUAGUAUUUAAGAUCAGUGUGAAUCGACCGGGCGGUCUGUGUGGUGUUCGGUCAGGUCUAGGCUGACCGAAGGGGGAGUGUAAAGACCGCCCGCUUACGCAUUGCCGGCUCGAUAGCCGGAGUCCGUGUGUGCCCCUCCGGCUGAAAAGCGGCAACUCUAAUCAUAGAGAUGGGCUGCGAGUAGUUUGUUUUUGUUUUGCAAAAUAUAAUUAGCGAUUUAAUUUAUGUAUGCUUCGCGUUGCCACACUGGAUAUAGUAUAACAAUAUUUUGUGAUGCAUUUAUUCGUACUGUUAUUUUCGAUUAGUUACUGUGCGACGCGAAAGUGGAAUAUUUCGCCGGUGACGUGAACUGCGCGGUGGGCCGCGCUCUAGGCGCGUUCUUUCCGAUGCCGGUCUCCGCCGUGAGCGGUCGUGUGUGGCAGGUGUGAACCGCGGACGCAGUGUAAGUCAAAUGAUGAUGAAUGAAUUAUACUGCAAUUUAACGUAAAUGAAAUAUGAAAUAACUUGGAAUGUCGUUGGUCGAUGAUCAUUGUCGGUUUUGUUACUUAGAGGCUGCCCUGUUUGUGUUAGGUGCGCCGGGUUCGCCGGAGUGAGGCGUGUGAGCGCCUCGUGAGGCGUCGUGUCUCGAGGCCGUCGGUACGGGAGGCGUCGUGAGCGCCGACCCGAGGGGCGUCGUGAACGCCGACCCGAGGGGCGUUGUAACGCCGGCACGAGAAGCGUCGUAGCGCGACCCGAGGGGCGUCGUGAACGCCGCGGUGCGCCGCCCAGGGCGCAGGAGCGCGGUUUUCGCCGGAGUCGGCGUCAGCGCCGUCAGUGGCGUGGAGGCGCCAAAGGCCGGUAAGAAUUACCUAUUGUACUCGUUUAUUUUCACCGGAUGUUGUUUCUUUACCACGCCUGAUUAUUGAUGACUGGCCUAUCGAUUGAUGCGUGUUGACCCAUGUGAACGGCUGCUAACGGGCGUAACCCGGUGCUGUGUGCACGUGCAGUGUGAGGCCCAACUUUUGAGGGCCAUUCGGGACGAUUUCCGUGGUUGUGUGUUAAUUGAUUGUAUCGUUUACAGAAACUAACACGAGUAGAAUACACUGCUCAGUAUUCG